AUGAGUUUCAGAGCUAAGAUCUCAGGUUUCGGUGCUAAGGUCUCGAAAGGUUUGAGAUAUCUGGAAAUUCCUGUUCAGGAUAGGGACUCCAUCAGUUUUUUAAAGAAUCCGGAUUUGCAGCCUAUUAAGGCGGAAAAUCAAACAUGGGGUUUCUGGUCUAAUUUCGCAUAUUGGGGGGUUAUGUCCUUUUCCGUUGGUACCUGGAUUAGUGCCUCGUCUGCAUUAAGUGUCGGGUUAAGUUAUCCAGAGACUAUUGGUACGUUUAUUGUCGGUGAUGUGUUGACUAUCGUAUUCACCUUGGCCAACUCGAGUCCUGGUUACGACUGGAAGGUCGGUUACACUUUGACUCAGAGAUUUGUUUUCGGUAUCAAUGGUUCCGCUUUCGGUAUCAUCAUCAGAGUCUUAAUGAGUAUUGUCAAUUACGGUUCCAACGCUUGGUUGGGUGGUCUUUGUAUCAACAUGAUCUUAGAUUCCUGGUCUCAUCACUAUCUGCAUUUACGUAACACUUUGUCCUCCAGUGUCGCCAUGACCACUAAAGAGUUGAUCGGAUUUAUUAUCUUCCACGUCCUCACUGCCUUCUGCUACCUAAUGAAGCCUUACCACAUGAACUACAUUUUGAUUUGGUCAUGUGUGGCCACCUUUUUCUCCAUGCUGGGUAUUGUGAUCUAUUUGACCCACCAUGCUGGCGGUGUUGGUGACUUGUUCACGUCCACCGAAUCCACCGCCACCGGUUCUACUAAGGCCUGGGCUUGGGUCUACAUGAUUUCGUACUGGUUUGGUUCCGUCUCUCCAGGUUCCACCAACCAAAGUGAUUACUCGAGAUUCGGUUCUUCCCAAACCGCCAUCUGGCUCGGUACCAUCUGUGCUCUAUUGAUUCCCACCACUUUGAUUCCAGUCUUUGGUGUCAUUGGUGCUUCCACUUCCGAAAAGCUAUAUGGUACACAAUUGUGGAUGCCUAUGGAUAUUUUUGACUACUGGUUAAAGGAAAACUAUUCUUCAGGUGCCCGUGCCGGCGCCUUCUUCUGUGGUGUUUCCUUCGUCAUGUCCCAAAUGGCCUACACCAUCUCUAACUGUGGUUUCGCUAGUGGUAUGGAUUUAGCCGGUUUGUUGCCCAAGUAUGUCGAUAUCAAGAGAGGUGCUAUUUUUACCGCGUGUAUCUCCUGGGCUUGUUUGCCAUGGAAUUUCUACAACUCUUCGUCUACUUUCUUGACUGUCAUGAGUUCUUUCGGUGUCGUUAUGACUCCUAUUAUCUCUGUCAUGAUCUGCGAUAACUUCUUGAUUAGAAAGAGACAAUACUCUAUCACCAACGCCUUUAUUCUAAAGGGUGAAUACUACUUCAGCAAGGGUGUUAAUUGGAGAGCAAUCGUCGCUUGGGUUUGUGGUAUGACUCCCGGUUUACCUGGUAUUGCCUGGGAAGUCAAUAACAAUUAUUUCCACAACACUGGUAUUGUUAACUUCUUCUACGGUGAUUCAUUCUUCUCAUUCUUGAUCUCUUUCUUUGUUUACUGGGGACUGUGUCUACUCUUCCCUAUCAAGAUCGUUGUCAAACACGAUGACAAGGAUUACUACGGUGCAUUCACUGACGAAGAAGCAAGAAAGAAGGGCAUGGUUCCAUUCAGCGAAAUUUCUGAAGAAGAAAUUGCUGCUUACACAUUAGGUGAAGGAUACACCACUGGUCAUGAAUUCAGACCUGACGGAUCCGACGAAGAAGUGCCUGAAUUGGCCAAGACUAGCUCUGAAAACACCAACGAGUUUGAAAUAGUUCACCAAAAGCAAGAUGAAAAAAAUUCUUCCACCGCCAGUGAAAGAGCCAACUAA